AUACUCCCAAGGACCCAGCAGUGAUACAGCUACGACAGACUUAUUUUGUGAUCUGCUGGGUAGACCCUGAACGGGAGUAAUGCCUCCAGGAAGGUGGUAUGCUGUUCGUUCAGCUCAGGCCCAGACUUCGAGGGAGCGAGGGCACCUUCAGAUGGUUAAGAAGGAAGAAGAGGAUGAAGGCUACACUUCAUUGCAGGCUGCCAGGCCACAGACACUCAACCGUCCUGGCCAGGAGCUGUUCCGUCAGCUCUUUAGGCAGCUUCGCUACUAUGAGUCUUCUGGGCCCCUAGAAACUCUGAGCCGGCUUCAAGAGCUCUGCCGCUGGUGGUUGAGGCCCGACGUUCUCUCCAAGGAGCAGAUGCUGGAGCUGCUGGUGCUGGAGCAGUUCCUGAGCAUCCUGCCUGCGGAGCUCCGGACCUGGGUGCAGCUGCAUCACCCUGAGAGUGGCGAAGAUGCUGUGGCCUUGCUGGAGGAACUGCAGAGGGACCCCGAUGGGGCAUCACAGAGGGACCCAGGCCCUACCCAGAGCCCAGAUGUGCAUUGGAUGGGUACAGGAGCCCUGCGAUCUGCACAGAUAUGGCCCCCUGCUUCACCUCUCAGCAGCAGCUCUGCCCUGGGGGACCACCUGGAGCCUCCCUGUGAAAUAGAUCCUCUUACUUCCCAAGUGACUGCCCUUUCUCCGAGAGAAGGGUGCCCAGGAAACCAGCUGAUGGUAACCAGUUCCUUGACAGCCCAGCCCCAGGAGGCUAUGACUUUCAAAGAUGUGGAGGUGACCUUCUCCCAGGAUGAAUGGGGAUGGCUGGGCCCGGCUCAGAGAAACCUGUACAGGGAUGUGAUGUUGGAGAAUUAUGGGCACGUGGCUUCUCUGGUGGGACCCUUCACCAAACCUGCUGUGAUCUCCUGGUUGGAAGCAAGGGAGCCGUGGGGCCUGAAUGUCCAGGCAUCUCAGCCUAAGAAGAAUCCAGGUGCUGCCCUUAUAGGAGGUGAGAUUCAGAGUAAAACAAACAAGUUCAUCUUAAAUCGGGAAACUUUGGAAGAAGCAAAAACCUUAGCUGUGCCAUCAGGAUGUCUUGUGACAAAUGUUUCUGCAGGAACAGGGCUCAGAGAAUCUUCUGAACAGAACAAGUUAAAGGAGCAAUGUGGAAACCCCAUGCAAGUGAGAGUUAAGAGAGAAAAAACUGAUUUCAGUCACAGGACAGGAAAAGAAUCUGAAAUAUCAGGAAGAAGUAGUAGUCUUGACCUAAAAUAUGUUACAUAUUUGAGAGUUUCCGGAAGAAAGCUGUCUGUUAAACAUGGCUAUGGCAGACACUUCAGAACAAGUUCACACCACAGUGACUACAAGAAAUAUGGGAAGGGGCUCAGACACAUGAUUGGGGGGUUUAGCCUACAUCAGAGAAUUCAUACUGGACUGAAAGGGGAUGGAAAGGACACAUGUGGAAAAGACUUCAGCCAUCGCCAACGUGGGCAGAGUCAUCACAAGGUGAGGAUGUCAUAUAGGUGUGGUGACUGUGGGAAGACCUUCAAUCGUAGCUCCAAUCUUGCAGAUCAUCAGAGACUUCACUCUCAAGAGAAACCGUUUAAAUGUAGGGUGUGUAGGAAGGCCUUCAGGUGGAGCUCCAACUGUGUACGACAUGAGAAAAUUCACACUGGCGUGAAACCUUAUAAAUGCAGUUUAUGUGAGAAAGCUUUUUGUCGUUUGUCAGCCUGCCAUCAGCACCAGGAAACCCAUGCUAAGAAGAAAUUUCUUGAAUCAAAUCAGUAUGGAGAAGUUCUCUCCUGCAGCUCAGGGUUUGAUCAUCAUCCAGGAGACCAAACUGGGGAGAAACCCUUUGACUGCAGCCAGUGUAGAAAGUCAUUCCACUGUAAGUCAUACAUUCUUAAACACCAGAGGGUUCACACCCAGGAGAAACCCUAUAAAUGUACCAAGUGUAGGAAAACCUUUAGGUGGGGGUCAAACUUUUCUCGUCAUAUGAGGUUGCACCAGGAGGAGAAGUUCUACGAACGAGGUAAAUGUCAAGAAGACUUCAGGCAGACUCCCAACUGCAGUCAGCCCCAGGGUGUCCCCACUGUGGAGAAAAGAUUUCUGUGUCAGCAGUGUGGGAAAACCUUCACUAGAAAGAGAACCCUCACUGAUCAUCAGAGGAUUCACACAGGUGAAAAACCAUACCGAUGUAGCGAAUGUGCAAAAGAGUUUACCUACAGGUCAGCCUUUAUUGUCCAUAAGAAGCAGCAUGCAAUGAAAAGAAAACUUGAGGGUGGACCAUCUUUUGGUCAGGACAGAGUGUGCCAAGUUCCUCAGAGCAGUCACACCACAAAAGAGCACUACAAAUGUAGCCAGUGUGGCAAAACCUUCCGUAAUCGCUCAUUCCUACUCCUCCAUGAAAGAAUUCACACUGGAGAGAAGCCUUAUAAGUGCAGGGAGUGUGGGAAAGCCUUCAGAUGGAGCUCCAAUCUCUACCGACAUCAGAAGCUUCACUCUUGGCAAAAACAGUAUGAGUGUCAUGAAAGUGAGAACACUCCAGAUCCACAGUUACAAGUCCUCACUGAUGGAAAACCUUUUUGGUGUCAAGAAUGUGGGAAAACCUUUACACGUAAAAGAAGUCUUUUAGAUCAUAAGGGAAUACAUAGUGGCGAGAAGCGCUAUAAAUGUAAUCUGUGUGGGAAAUCUUAUGAUAGAAAUUACCGCCUUGUUAAUCAUCAGAGAAAACAUACUGAUGAGAGACCUUUUAAAUGCCAGUGGUGUGGGAAAGAUUUCAUAGGGAGAGACACCCUUUCUAAACACCUGAGAAAACACAGAGGAGCGGCACGGUCUGAAUGCAGUCUACCUGAGUUGUCUUCCUGUCAGGACACAAGGUUCAGUUUAAGGGAAUUAAAACCAAGUGGGGGUAAGCCCCUUGAAGAUUGUAAGCAAGCUUGUGAUCAGAGCUCCAGGCUACCCAGACUCCAGGACAUACCCACUGAGGAAAAGUGCCACAAAUGUAGCAUAUGUGGGAAAAUAUUUAAUAAGCGUUCACAACUCAUUAGCCACAAGAGAUUCCAUACUCGAGAGAGGCCCUUCAAAUGCAGAGAGUGUGGGAAGACCUUCCGAUGGUCUUCAAAUUUGUCUCGACAUGUGAAAAACCAUCUUACAUAGUGCGCCGCUUGGGAAGCGCGGCGGCGCUCCCGCCCGAGGGUUCGGAUCCCAUAUACGGACCG